AUGGCCCUGCAGUCACUGGCUCUGAAGUUUCUCCUGGCCCUUGCAUCUCUACUGUCAGCACAUGGCCAGGAAGAACAUUUCAACAUCCAAAUAGUGCCCCAGGGAACAGUGAUGUGCCGAAGGCCCCCAUGGGACUCCAGUCUCCAGCUGGUACCAGACAAGAGGAAUUAUGCAAAGAAUGAAGAAGUGAUGCUGAGUUGCCCAGAAGGUUUCCAGCCAACCUUCACACAUGUUAAAUGUUCGAGCGAAAUCCAGUCCUUCACUCGUGGGAAACCUGUAUACAGGGAAGUCUGGACUGGAAGAAACUCCAGAGGUGUCUGGGUCCGUGUUCGGUCCAUGGUGGAGUGCAUCGGAGUCCUCCAGGUUGACCCUGAGACCUUUGAGAUUUCCAGCACCAGCAUCCAACUGCACUGGACCUGCAGGUUCCCUGAUGCCUGCCAGGGCAUGAGGGCCAUGUGCCAGCUGGCAGCGCCUUCCUCCCCUCUCUGUGAGGCUGAGGAGGUGAAAGGAGAGCAGAUGUUACAUGGCCGGGGAACAUUCACCUGCUCCCCUUUGCAGCCCUUCACUGAGUACAAUGUCACCAUUGACUUGCCCCCCAACACAACCCUUUUCUCAUGGCUGUUCACAACAGAGCAAACAGUGCCGGACAAACCGGACAAGCUGUGGCUGGAUCCCGACAGGGGCUCUCUCAGGUGGAACUCGCUGCCCUCCUGCAAUGGGGAGAUCAUCGGAUACCAGCUGAGCAUCACGGCCAGGAGCGCAGGCGACAGCAGCGUGCUGGAGACGGAGCGGCUGCGGCUCAAUGGCUCCGUCACUGAGCACCGGCUGCCGGAGCACAGCCCUGGCAGCAGCUACACCGUGACGAUCCAGGGACUGACGGCUGCCGGAGCCGGCGCUGCGUUGGUCAAGGAGUUCCACAGCAGCAGCAGCAGCAAGCCCCCGCGCCCCCAGGGCAUCAGCUGCCGCAGCGUCCGCGACGUCGCCCCAUCCCAAGGCACGGCCGUGCUUCCCCUGAGCCCCGUGGCCCGUGGCUCCGAGGCAGCCAGGGAGCACCAGCUGAUCGUGGCCCCGACGCACAACGGCUCGGUGAUCGAGAGCAUCUGCUCGGGGCAGCCGCAGCUCCUCAAUGGCAGCGUCUACGUGGCCGCUGUUCUCAACCUCACCGCCCCCACGGACUUCGUGCUGGGCGACGGGAGCCGCGGGCAGGGCGAGCACAACGCUGCCCUCCGCCCGGGCUGCGACUACACGGCCCUUCUGCGCCUCGUCCGCCUCUCGCCGCAGGCAGACAAGUUCACCUGCGUCUGCUACAGCUUCUCUGUUGUUGCAGGGCAGACUACAGGCCAGUGGCAUGGAAUUGUGAUAGGACUGGUUGUGCUGUUGGUUGUCCUCCUUGUGACUGCGGUCAUCCUGUGCUUUGUGCUCUCCAGGAAAAGGAAGUAUUUGCCCAACAAAACUAAGGAGGAGAAUGUAAAAGGCGAAGGUAGCUAGGCUGAGCAUCAGUCAUUUCAGCCCCAGCCAGGACCAUGGAGACAUCCAGAGCAGUGUGGAAGUGGGGAAAAUGGAAAAGAUGACCCCAGCCCAGUGCUGAUGGCUGCCAUGUCCUCUGGUUCUCCUGUGACUGUGACCAG